GUUUAAAUUCCCUUUUUUUCUGAAACAAUGGAAACAAGCCUCGGGGAGAUUAGUCGCAACAUUUUUUAUCUGGUACUGGUAAUUGGUCAUGGCUCUUGCAAUGGAGCCUCUCCUACUUGCUAUCAUAAAUGUUUAACUGAAAAGCUUUGAAACAAGCUCAUCUCAAUCAGAUCAUGUCAUCCAUUGCCCAUCUAAAUCAAAAUCUCAGAGCAUUAUGUAGAGAAGGUCAUUUGAAGGAGGCACUACACAUUCUGCGUACCACCCACAACUUUUCUGUUGACUGUAAUACUUAUCUUCAUCUCUUGCAGACUUGUAUUGCAAAUAAAGCUCUUUCAGAGGGUAGACAAAUCCACUCUCACAUCAAUGAAAGGGAACAUAAAUUUGCCACAGACACUUCUCUCCAAAACAAACUUAUCAACUUCUAUGACAAGUGCGGUAGUUUUACAGAUGCUUGCAGAGUUUUCAACCACAUAACUGAACAAGACAUUUUCUCGUGGAAUAUGAUGAUUGCAGCUUACCGUAGACAUGGGCAUUCUCAAGAAGCAUUGACACUGUUUCAUAAAAUGCAGCAUACAGACACCCAACCAAACCAGUUCACCUUCGCCAACAUUAUCCAGGUCUGUGCUAAAAUGGGAGCUUUAGAACAGGGUAUGGAAACUCAUCAAAAAAUAACAGAGAGUGGGUUUUUGUCAGAUGAUGUAGUUGUGACUGGCCUGAUAGACAUGUAUGCAAAAUGUGGAAGCAUACACAAGGCACGCCAACUGUUUGACAAAAUAUGCAAUCCAGAUGUGGUUUCAUGGACUGCUAUGAUUACAGCAUGUGUAAAGAGUGGUGCUUUUGACGAGGCUUUAAGGCUUCUCGAAGAAAUGCCUCAGCCAAAUGUGGUCUCAUGGACUGCAAUCAUUGCUGGAUACGCACAAAACGGGUUCUGUGAAAUGGCAUUAGAGAUUUUUAAGAGAAUGCAAUUAACUGAUGUAAAACCGAACUCGGUGACCUUUGUCAACACUCUUCCAGCUUGUGCCAAAGUGGGAGCUUUGGAAGAGGGUAUGGAGAUCCAUCAGAAAGCAUUAGAAAGCGGGCUGUUGUCGGAUGUUGUCGUGAAAAAUGCACUGGUAGACUUCUAUGCAAAAUGUGGGAGAAUCCAGAAGGCAUAUGCUUUGUUUGACCAAAUGCCUCAACGAGAUGUUGUCUCAUGGACAGCGAUGAUUGCUGGGUACGCACAGAACGGGUUUCCUGGAAAAUCUUUAGAGAUCUUUAAGAAAAUGCAGUUAGAAGGUGUAAAACCCGAUUUAUCAACCUUCACGAGCGUCCUCCCAGCUUGUGCCAAACUUGGAGAUUUGGAACAGGGUAUGGAGAUUCAUCAAAAAAUAAAGGAAACUGGACUUUUGUCGGACGCUAUAAUUGCCAAUGCCCUGAUCGACAUGUAUGCAAAGUGUGGAAGCAUUCAAACCGCACAUGAAUUGUUUGACAAAAUCCGUCAACGAGAUGCAGUCUCGUGGAAUGCAAUCAUUGCUGGAUAUGCACAAAAUGGGUUUCCUGAAAGAGCCUUGGGGGGUCUUAUACAAAUGCAAUUGGCAGGUGUGAAGGCAGACUCGGCAACCUUUGCCAGCAUCCUACCAGUGUGUGCUAAAAUGGGAGCUUUGGAAAUGGGUAUGGAAAUCCAUCGAAGACUAAUUGAAGGCGGAUUUUUGUCCCAUAUAGAACUUAUGACAGCCCUGAUAGACAUGUAUGCAAAAUGUGGAACUAUACAGAAGGCUUGUAAAUUAUUCGACAAGAUUCCUCAACGAGAUGCAGUAUCAUGGAAUGCAAUGAUUGCUGGAUACACACAAAAUGGCCUCACUGAACAAGCCUUGCAGGUUUUUAAGCAAACACAACUGGCAGAUGUAGAGCCAAACUCUGCGACCUUUGUCAGCAUUCUCCCAGCAUGUGCCAAAAUGGGAGCUUUGGAGCAGGGCAUGGAAAUCCAUCAAAAAGCUAUUAAAUAUGGAUUUUUGUGUGAUAUUCUACUCAUGAAUGCCCUGAUGUACAUGUAUGCAAAAUGUGGAAACAUAUGGAAAGUUCGUACAUUGUUUGACACACUUCAUCAACCAAAUGUGGCUUCAUGGAAUGCAAUGAUUGCAGCAUAUGCAAUGCAUGGCUAUAGCGAGGAUGUUCUCAAACUCUUUCAAUUAAUGCAACACUCUGUAACCGACCCCAACCAUGUAAGCUUCAUUUCUGUUUUGUUUGCAUGCAGCCAUGCAGGUCUAUUGGAUGAUGGCUGUAAAUAUUUCAGUAUUAUGAGUGACCAUUAUUGUAUCAUGCCUACAAUAGAUCACUAUGUAUGCAUCGUUGACCUUCUUGGCCGUGCUGGAUAUCUUGAGGAAACCCUAAACUUUGUUCUCAAAAUGCCAUUAAAACCAGAUGUGAUUGUCUGGAUGUGUUUUCUUGGUGCUUGCAAAUCAUAUAAAAAUGUAGAACUUAGCGAAUUUGUGGCAACACUCCUUAUUGAGUUGGAUCCCAAAAGUGCUGCCCCUUACAUUCUUCUGUCAAAUAGUUAUGCAGAAGUGGGCAGGUGGAGUGACCUUCAAAAGGUAAGGCAAAUGAUGAAAGAUAGAGGAAUUAAGAAGCUACCUGGGUGUAGUUGGAUUGAAGUCCAUAAGAUAGUACAUGGUUUUUGUGUAGGAGACAGAAAACACCCACAAACACAGGAGAUUUAUGCAGAGUUGGAGAAAUUGUCUUGGGAAAUGAAGGCAGCAGGGUAUAUUCCGGAUACAAGACCUGCAUUGAGUGAUGUGGUGGAGGAGGAUAAGGAAUCACUCCUUUGCCACCAUAGUGAGAAGUUGGCAAUUGCAUUUGGGUUGUUAAACACAUCCCCUGGAACAACAAUUAGAGUUGUCAAGAACCUUAGAAUAUGUGGCGACUGUCACACUGCAAUCAAAUUUAUUUCUAAGAUUGUUGCAAGAGAAAUUGUUGUGAGAGAUGCAAACCGUUUCCAUCAUUUUGAGCAUGGACAAUGUUCUUGUGGAGAUUACUGGUGAUGCUGAGGGAAGAAAGCUAUAAAACAAGCUUGCACGAUGACAAUGUGCAUGGUUUCAUGCUUACAGUUGAAAGAGAGUUUAUCAAUAUGGAAGAAGUCCUAUCAUAGGGGAACCCUACCUGAAUCUGCACUCAAAUGCUGGAGAAGGCCUAAGAACGGGAAAUGUGAAAGGAGAGGGACGCUGAAGGGAAAUUGAAAAAUUCUUGGCCAGCAGGAAAUAUGAGAAAGGGACUCACGAUCAAGCCAAUGCUGGGAUAUGAUAAGUGGAGCAUCUCUUGAUUGUAUUACACCAUCUUCGCAAUCUGUUAACUACUGAAGGCUUUUGUUGGAAAUCUUAUUCCGGGGAUUGAGAAGUUAGGAAUGAAAAUCACAAGAUGGUCUUUCGUAUUAUUAAAGAUAUAUUUUACAAUUUAUAUAUUUCUGAUUUUUCUACUAGGCACAAUAUAAGUAAUCUACUUCUAUUCAAUUCUUUAAAAAAAACCUAUAAUAAAAGAUUAUAAUACAACUAGCAUACCUUUAUUUUAAAAAAUCUAUGUCAAAUA